AUGGCUUCGGAGAAAAGCCAGCUCAAGCGAGGCCGCCAAUCGCAAGGCGAGCAAAUCGAGCCCAAGAAGCCCCGCCGGUCAGACCGCAAUGCCUCGCCCAGCGACCGCAAUGCUCACCUGAAGCAAGGCCCGCUGCCGUCUCCAGUCACACAUCAGGCCGAUUCAGCCGCGACCGACGAGUUCAAGGAAGGCACCAUCACCCCGCCGAGUAAGGGUUCGAGCGACCAGUCUCAGCGAGGCGGCCUCCGUAGCCCUCCACGAACCGGCGGCCCUAACAGCCUGUCCUCACCACUGCAGGACACCCAGCCCUUCUCGCAAUUCGUAUACCAUCCCAACGAUCGGACUUACGCAGUAGACGACGAAGAGGCGGAGGGUGUCUGGGGCUAUCUGGUCCCAGUGGACACCCGCUCUGGAGACGUGCUUGUCCUCCGCCGGCGCUCAGCUUGCCCGGUCCCAUCAUCGAGAGUUGGGAAGACCUCGGGUAGAGAAUCGGUUGGGAAACACCAGUACACGAAGCAAGAGGAGGGCUACGAGCAGGAGAAGGUGGAGCAUGGUGUGACUGCUGGAGGUUAUCUCAUUGGCCGACAUCCUGAGUGCGAUCGGCAACUGCAGUCACCGACCGUAUCGAACCGGCAUUGUCUGCUGUUCCCUGAGAACAAAGGCGGAGAUGCAAUUGCUGUGUUGGAGGAUCUAUCCGGCAAUGGCACUUUCGUCAACGAUACGAUAGUCGGCCGGAACAAGAGGCGAGAGCUGCAAGAAGGCGACGAGAUCAGCAUCUUGGACCAAGCCCGCUUCGUCUUCAGAUACCCAUCGUGCCGCGACACGAACGGAUUCCGGCAGCAAUACGCAUUACAAGAGCAGUUAGGCAAGGGUCACUUCGCCUCUGUCUACCUGUGCAUAGAGAAGUGCAGUGGCAUGCGGUAUGCCGUGAAGAAAUUUGAGAAGCGUACGGGACCUGGCGAAAAGUCAAAAGUCGAUGGCCUCCAACAAGAGAUUGCAGUGCUCAUGGGAGUUAGUCACCCCACGUUGCUAUGCCUUAAGGACACAUUCGACGAAGCAGACGGAGUUUAUCUCGUCCUCGAGCUGGCACCAGAGGGUGAACUCUUCAACUGGAUUGUAAUGAAGCAGAAGUUAACCGAGACGGAAGCCCGAAGGGUGUUUGUGCAGCUGUUCCAGGGGGUGAAGUAUCUUCAUGAACGCAAUAUUGUCCACCGAGACAUCAAACCGGAAAACAUUCUGCUCACCGACAAGAACCUGUCCGUCAAGCUUGCUGACUUCGGUCUGGCGAAGAUCAUCGGUGAAGAGUCCUUCACUACGACCUUGUGUGGAACACCGUCAUAUGUUGCUCCUGAGAUCUUGGAGAGCACGAACCAUCGACGGUACACACGCGCGGUUGACGUGUGGUCCCUCGGAGUUGUACUGUACAUCUGCUUGUGUGGCUUCCCUCCCUUCUCCGACGAGUUAUACAGCGCCGAAAACCCAUACACACUAUCGCAGCAGAUCAAGAUGGGUCGGUUCGACUACCCCUCACCUUACUGGGACUCAGUCGGCGACCCGGCACUUGACCUUAUUGAUCGCAUGUUGACCGUGGAUGUGGAUUCUCGUAUCACCAUCGACCAGUGCUUGGAGCAUCCGUGGACUACUCAGGCGGAGAUCAACCCCAACGAUAGUACCGAUGGGCUUACGGGAGCAAUCGCCAACCUCGAUUUCGCCAAGCGUAAGAUCUACCGCGAGCGCACUCUACUCUCCAGUAUCAAUGAUAUCAAGAUCAGUCGGGUUAUUGAAGGCGGCGAAGGCCAGCAGGCUGUCAAAGUGUACGAGAAGAAUAAGGACAAGCCAAAGAACGGCGUCAAGGGGCUUGAUGGCCCACACCAGAAAGAGGAUACUCCUUCCGCGAAUAGGGAUCCGGAUGAGUUCAUCCAGAUGGGUGGAAAGGGAGAUCAACAGCUCUACGACACGGCAGAUCAAUCUAUCUACGUCGACGACCAGAGCACUGUUGCUACUGCUGCGGACACCUGA